GAGGGCACAAGAGCGGCGGCCGCUUUUACACUGCUCGCGGGACCACGGCCCGGAGCCUGGAGCCGGACGAGGAGUCGGACCUUGGCCCCCGCAGGGGCACGAUGGAUGGAGCCCAGUCCUGAGAGGCCUGCAGGCAACCGGCAGGAGCCGACCCUGGGAAUGGACGCGAUGGCCUCAGAACACCGGGAUGUCCUCGUGCUGCUGCCCAGCCAGGAGCAACUGCGACUGGCCGUGGGGGUGAAGGCCAUUGGCCGGGAGCUUUUCCAGCAAGUGUGCAACGCUGUGAGCAUCAGAGACACCCAGUUCUUUGGCCUCUGUGUGAUCAGAAACAAUGAGUAUAUAUUUAUGGAUUUGGAGCAAAAGCUCAGCAAGUACUUCUCAAAAGAUUGGAAGAAAGAAAUAUAUGAAGAAAAUGAGAAACCCAGAGCCCCCUUUGUGGCCUUCCUCCGGGUGCAGCACUAUGUGGAAAACGGAAGGGUCAUAAGCGACCACAGGGCACGGCACCUGUACUACUGCCACCUGAAGGAGCGUGUGCUGAGGUCGCAGUGCGCCCACCGGGAGGAGGCCUACUUCCUGUUGGCCGCCUGUGCGCUGCAGGCUGACCUGGGUGACCACCGGGAGCUGGCCCACGCCGGGAGGUACUUCGAGCCGCACUCCUACUUCCCGCAGUGGAUCAUCACCAAGAGGGGGAUUGACUACAUCCUCCGGCACAUGCCCGCCUUGCACCGUGAGCGCCAGGGCCUGAGCCCCAAGGAGGCCAUGCUGUGCUUCAUCCAGGAGGCCUGCCGGCUGGAGGACGUACCCGUGCACUUCUUCAGGCUGCACAAGGAUAAGAAGGAAGGUCACCCCACCGUGAUCCUGGGACUGACCCUCAGGGGAGUGCACAUCUACCAGGGGAAGAAGCUGGAGAUCCAGCUGGACGGGCUGCCCACAGCACAGAAGCUGGUUUACUACACGGGCUGCACCUGGCGCUCAAGGCACCUGCUGCACCUGCUGCGCGCCAGCCACCAGCUCCACCUCCGCGUGCGGCCCACACUGUGGCAGCUGCAGCAGCGGGAGGAGGCAGAAGAGAAGCAGCGCUACCGGGAGUCCUACAUCAGCGAUGGGCUGGAGCUGGACCCGGACAGCAGGGGCUCCCCAGGCAGCGGGGUCAGCAGCCAGCACUGCCCUCACCGCCUCUCACGCCACUCCGCGAACAGCCAUGGCAGCUCCCACACGUCAGGCAUCGAGGCCGACUCCUGGCUCACGGAAUCCAGAGAGAUGUCUGUGGACACACCCUUGGAGGUCCAGGGGCUGCGUGAGAAGGAGCCAUCCUCCAGCCCCAGGACCAGCCGCAGCCACCCCAGCACAUGUGGUGACAGCCAAGCCACUCGCCAGGAACCCUGCGCCAAUGUCAGGACCAGAGGCCAGAGCACCGAGGCUGUGCACCAGAUCUGGGAAAUGAAAGCUGGGGUCAGUGAGUUGCCGCACAGCCGCAGCCUGGACGACACACAUCUGCACCAGCUGGCCCUGCGCCCAGCGCCCACCUCACUCAGCCGUACCUUCCACUGUGCCCCAGACUGCGGGCUGGCAGCCCCCUGCGAGAACAGGGCCACUCUCCCCAGCAAGAGGUCCAGCAACUGCCUCACCCUGGACCUGUUCGGAGAGGCCCCACCCCCACAGGAGUUUGUGGUAUAGGUGCCAUCCACCCAGCAGCGCUGUCUGCAGCGCCAGGCUCAGCCCCCGACCACCCCACUGCCAUGUGGCCCUCGGCCCUUCCUGCCCGCCAGACGCUGCCCACACCUCCGCAGCCAGCGCACUCUACAGGUUCACCUGUAAGAGGUGUGGAGUGGCUCUGACAUCAACCUUGGAGGUGACAAACAGGUCCCGCACCGCAUCCCUGUCCUCAGUGCACCCAGGAGCUCCUUCCAUCGGGGUCUCCAGGGAGCAGGUUCAAGGUCUGGCUGUCGAUUGUCCAGAGAGCCAUGGUGUUGGCCCCUGAGGCAGCCUGUCACCCAUCCUAGUCUGGGAGAGAAGGUGACGCAGCUGGGCCCAGACCCUGGAGAGAGGGCUCUGCAGUUUCCCACACUGCCAGCUCCCCGAGAGACAGGUCCCGAGCCAGAGUUCACGGUGGUCAUCACUGUGCAGGACCCCGGCUCCUCCUAGACCUGAACCCCUCUCUGCAACUCCUGUUCGCCAGCACUGGGACUGCCAGACAGAGACCCUUUUUGAGGUGCAAGCCCAGCUCUGUCACCUGAGAUCCAGCCAGAGACCCUCCUCCACCAUCCGCAGUCAAUGGCUGUGCUUUCCCUUCCCGGUCAGGGUUUGCAAAGACCCCACUGCCCCGGAGCUGAUGCUGACUCUGCUCCCAUCUCAGCCAUGAGGCCUCGGGACACACUCUGCUCACCGGUGGCUUCCUUAAGCCAUUGCCCUGGCUGGGGUGGGGCUGGUGCAGCCCAGUUGGUGGAGGGGAGAGGCUUUGGUGACAGAUGGGGAGUGGGGGACUGGCUAUGCAUGGCACCUGCUCUGACCCUGGUGGGCUCCGUGGGUAAGGCACCCUCGGUACCGUGGGCUCUGGAAGGCCACCAGGGUAGGGUCUCCCCAGGGCUCCUCCCCCUGCAUGAGACUCCUGCACACGUGCAAACCUGCUGUCCUCUGCAUUUAGAGGAAUGGCCCAUGAAUCCCUGCUAGUCUCAGGCCCGACACAGAGCACUGAGAGGCCACAGUGGUUCAGCCCUGUGUCCUGAACACCGCUGCCCCCUUCACUGUGGUGAAGACUACGCCACACCACCCUGCAGCUCACUGGAGACAAGCGUGAGCUUGAGCCCCAUGGCCUGGUGCAGGGCCGCGUGCAUUGAGGCUGCCUCUUUGACGGGUCUAUCCAGGGGGGCCCUCUCCUUUCUGUGAAAGGGAAUCCUGUGUGUGCCCCAGGCAUGUGUAAUAAAGAACCCGAGC